AUGGCCUUCCUAUUGAAGAACAAAAACAAUGCCAUGCUCAUGUGAUAAUCAGCCAUGGCAAUUUCAAUAUCUCACCAAUCUUUCUCCCACCCCUUCUUAAACCCCUCCUCUUCAUCUUCUUCCUCUCUUUCUCCUAAACUACACAACCUCCUCAUUCUUCGUUGUUCUCAGAAAACUAUCCAAACACAAACCCAACUCCCCAACAUCGAGAAGAAGAAAAGAAAACCCAGGCCAAGUUUCUACGACCAAAUCCGUGAAAAAUGGUCUGUAAAACCCAUUUCUCAAACUCAGAAAUUCCCAUGGCAGCUUCAAAAACAACAAGAAGAAGAACAACAACCGAUAUCUUUGAUUUCAGAAGCUUCACCAUCAUCAGAAAUGGUGGAAAUUCACAAAGAGAUAGAAUUAACUUCUGGGUAUCCUAGAAAAUCUGUUAAUUUGAUUGAUGGAUGCAAAAUUGAAGAACCCAGUUUGGAUUUUGGCAGAAAUGUUGAUCAAACUUUGAGUAAUACUGUAAGUGAACCUGUUAAUUCUACUUUGGAUUAUAGUUUGAUAAAUUCUUCGUUUGUUGAGAAAAAGAAAUUGACAGAACCCAAAUUAGUUAGGACUUAUCAGUCUAAUGUUGUGGAAUUUAGUGAGAAAUUGUCGAAUAAUUUAGCUCCUGAAAAUGUUAGUGUACAAGAAGAAAGUAAAGUAACAUUAUUUAGCAGUGAAUAUGAUGAUGUUGUUAGUGAGAGUUCUGUUCAAGGGAAGAGUAAAGAUAGGUUGCCAUGGGUGUCCGAAACCGGUUCCGAGAAAAGUGAUGGAGAUGGGGAAAAGAAGGGAAAGACUGAGAUAGCAGAGAAAUUGGUCCCAGAACAUGAAUUGAAGAGAUUGAGGAAUGUGGCAUUGAGGAUGAAAGAGAGGAUUAAAGUUGGGGCAGCAGGUGUUACACAAGUCUUGGUGGAGGAAAUUCAUGAUAAAUGGAAGAUUGAUGAGGUGGUGAAGCUGAAAUUCGAAGGGCCAUCUAUGCUUAAUAUGAAAAGGAUUCAUGAUGUUCUUGAGAGUAAAACUGGUGGCUUGGUGAUAUGGAGAUCGGGUAGUUCGGUGGUGCUAUUCAGAGGAUCGACUUACCAACUAGACUGUGUACAAUCAUAUAAGGAAGAGAAGGAAGUCAAUUUAGAUGUUUUGCAUAAUCAAGGAAAACGUGUGCCUGAUUCUGUGAGACUUCCAAGAAAACUGUCGAAAGAAGAGUCAAUGGAAAUGAGUGAGCUCGACAAUAUUUUGAAUGAGUUGGGGCCACGAUAUGUAGAUUGGUCUGGUCCUCCUCCAUUGCCUGUUGAUGCAGACGCGCUUCCAGCAGUGGUUCCAGGGUACAGAACUCCAUAUAGACUUCUUCCUUAUGGUGUACGACGUGGUCUGACAGACAAGGAAACAACAGAAUAUCGUAGGAUUGCAAGGGCCUCCCCUCCACAUUUUGCUUUGGGGAGGAGCAGAGAACUCCAAGGUCUGGCUGCAGCUAUGGUGAAGUUAUGGGAGAAAAGUGCUAUUGCCAAGAUCGCUAUUAAACGUGGUGUCUUAUAUACUUGCAAUGACAGAAUGGCUGAGGAGCUGAAGAGAUUGACUAGGGGGACAUUACUCUCAAGAAAUAAAGAGUACAUAGUCUUUUAUCGGGGUAAUGACUUCUUACCCCCAAACGUAACAGAAUCACUGAAAGAAAGGGAAAGGAUGACAUUGCUUCAAUAUCAGGAAGAAGAAGACCGACGGAGUGCAUUAGCUUUGGUUAAUUCAAGUUCGAAAAACUAUAAGAUUCCCAUGGUUGCUGGGACUCUCGCAGAGACUGUUGCUGCAACCUCUCGUUGGGGAAAGCAACCAAACAACGAAGACGUGGAGAAAAUGAUGAAAGAAUCUGCUCUGGCUAGACGUGCAUCACUGAUUACAUAUCUUAAUAAAAAACUAGCUAUUGCAAAUGAGAAGCUCAAGAGGGCUGGGAAGGCUUUGGAAAAAGUGCAGGGAUAUCUAGAGCCAGAAGAACUCCCUACGGAUUCAGAAACGAUAACUGAUGAGGAAAGACUAGUAUUUCGUAAAAUGGGCCUAAGCAUGAAGCCUUUCUUGCUUGUGGGGAGGCGAGAAGUUUUUGAUGGUACGAUAGAGAACAUACAUCUACACUGGAAAUUCAGGGAGUUGGUAAAGGUAAUUGUGAGGGGAAAAAAUUUUGCACAAGUAAAACAUGUGGCUAUAUUUUUGGAAGCAGAGACUGGUGGGGUGCUUGUAUCAAUAGAUAAAACUACUAAAGGCUACGCAAUCAUCAUUUAUCGAGGAAAGAACUAUCAGCAACCUCUUCGAUUAAGGCCUAGGAAUUUGCUGACAAAAAGGCAGGCAUUAGCACGGUCAAUCGAACUGCAAAGACGUGAGGGUCUGAAGCAUCAUAUCUUAAGUUUACAGGAACAAAUGGAGUUGCUGAAGUCUGAAAUAGAAGAUAUGAAAGACGGAAAAGAAAUUGAUGAUAAAACAUUUUAUGAAAAAUUGGACGAUUCUUCAAUUCCUUCUGAUGAUGACAUGGAAGAGGAUGAAGAUGAAGAGGCCUACUUGCAAACAUAUGAUAGUGGAGAAGAAAAUGAUGCUUUCUUAGAUGCUGAACUGUCUGACGAUGACAAUUGAGUUCCUGCUAAAAAAAUCAUGGUCACAAUUGGUAUCUAGAUGUCAAGAUGUAUGUAACUAAUGUAUAUAUGUUUCUUUGAUUAUUUCUCCAGAGCCUGUGUAUGAAAUUAGAACUUAAUAUAGCAUGUUAUGUGCUCCUUUUCAUGGAGGCUUCAUCCUUCA